CUGAAUUGCCUCAUCCUGAAAAAUUUGAAAGAUUAGAUGUUAGAGGAAAAAAUGUUCAGGACAAACUUCGACCAUUCAAUUACAAUUUAGAAGCCUGGCAACUUGCUCAUCCUCAUAAAAUAUACAAAAAAACUGUUACGGCUCAAGAUUUUGCUGAAAAUGAUUUUGUUAUCGCUCACCUGCAAUCUUAUUUUCAAAGUCAAGAAAAUGCUUAUAAAGCCCGCUUACUGCAAGAACUAACUACGCAACCAACUAAUUUUCCUCCUUAUCAAAUGCUUUUAGCCGAAAAAGAAAAAUUACAACUAAUAGUAGAAGGCUACAGAUUAGGCACCACCAAAACUAGUAAAGUAAAAGGAGAAGAACUAGAAAAAUACAUCCUCGAACAACUGCAAAUCACUUAUAACGGAGCAGACGAUAUUAACCGAAUUACUCACAUAGGAACCAAAGCCGACAUUAGCCAAUUAAUUCACAAUAACAACCACCAAGAAGUCGGCAAAAUUAUCUAUGAAAUUAAAAACGAAGACAAAUGA